GUUACUUCCUGGUGUGGCGUCGUCGCAUUGUUGUCAUUCUGCGACGCUCUCAAAAGGUUUAUUGAAAAGCGAAACAUUUAUUAUUUUAGGAAACGUAUUCUUUACACCGUCAGAUGCCCAAUGUGAAUCCCACUGAGUCUACUUCUCCUCCUGAGGGUGGAAAUGUAGAAGACGUCUAUGCAAAAGUCCCAAAAACGAACCCAUCUGAUGUCACAGAGAUAUCAUUUACUUCCACUAAUCAGAGCAAUUCAGCAACUAGUGUAAGUAAAAAACUUACUAACACACGUAAAGGUUUGGGUAUCACUAGUACUUCAUUCAUUGGGCCAGCAUGUCGCCCUGAGCCUCCGUCCAUUGAGCAGGAACUUAAUGAUUUUUAUAAAGAGCUUGAGGAAGUAGACUCCAGUGACCAGGUUGAUGAGCAUAAAUCCUGCAAGCCUGAAAGAAGUGUCCCACCACAGAAGGACACUCCUGUUGUCGAAACUGAUCACAGCAGAGCAUACAGACCCUAUCCAGAUCCACACACACACGGUGGACACCAGUGGCAACAUCCAAAUAGAUGGAGACCUCGCACACAAUGUGGUACGGAGAGCUUUGGCAAAUCAGGACACUUAGACCCGUGGUAUCCCCCUCCACCAUGGAUUCCUCAAGGCCCAUCAAAUUCAGACUUUGAAUAUUUUCCUCCCCCACCAUCUGGAGGUCCCAUGUAUCAUUCAGAUAUGAGACCCCGGCAAAACUUCCACAGUUAUACUAACAACAGCAACUGGGCACCAUGGGAAGAGUCACGGUUGCCGCCAAAUGAGUGGCAUGAUAGGUGUCAACCGUCUCAUGAAUUUUCUAGGUACUCUGAAGAAUAUGAAACAUCAAACUGGCAGGAGAACAACCAUAAAGAAGACCAAUAUCAUCAUUAUGACAGUACUUUGCGUCUUAUAUUGUUGAGGGGGCUACCAGGCUCUGGAAAAUCCUCUCUGGCCAGAGAACUUAUGUCCAGUGGCCCCAAUGGAACCAUACUAAGUACAGAUGACUACUUUUUUAAAGACAACACAUAUGUAUUUGAUGGCACUCUGCUUGGGGAUGCUCACGACUGGAAUCAGAUGAGAGCUGAGCGUGCAAUGUCGGAGGGUCGCUCGCCUGUUAUCAUCGACAACACAAACAUUAAGGCCUGGGAGAUGAAACCUUAUGUUGAAAUGGCUUUAAUGAACAGAUAUGAAGUGGACUUUCGUGAGCCAGAAACCAACUGGAAAUAUGAUCCUGCUGAAUUAGCAAAGAGGAAUAAACAUGGAGUCCCUCAAGAAACAAUAGAAAAGAUGCUGGAUCGUUUCGAGGGGCCUGUAAACAUUGACAUUGUAAUGAAUUCUGCAGAGCCCCCUCAUAAAACCAGAGGACAAUAACAGAAUCUGGGGACAUGAAGUUGACAAAUUGUCUUUUAGAAUUGAAUAGUUUUGUUUCGUAGCCAUUUAGAUUCUUAUGAUGUUAAAUGUGUUUUUUAAUGACUGUAUGAUGAUGAUUCAAUGACCAAGUCCCUUUUAUAUUUUAAGAAAUGUUGUUUAUUUAUUUGAAAUAUUGAGAACAACAUUAAAACAUUUCUGUUUGAUUAGAAAAUGUUUUUUACAGCAUUACUUUUAGAAAAAAAUGAAAAUGUAGUAAACUUUAUUGUCUUA